AUGCAGUGGGCUACUAUCACCGCCGUUGCGCUCCUUGCGCAGAAUGUCGCCUCUCAGAACAUGCUUCGGUUUGCAUGCUCACAACUCGUUGUUGAUCGUGUCGACCCUCUCGUCAACCCAGGCAUGAAGUACACCCCUCAUCUGCACCAAAUCGUUGGAGGAAACUCUUUUACCACUGAAAUGGACCCCGCCUCAUAUGACUUGCCUUCUAAGUCAACUUGCACAUCGUGUAGCUUCAAGGAGGACUUGUCCAAUUACUGGACUGCUGUUAUGUUUUUCAAGGCAAAGAACGGGACCUAUAAGCGUGUCCCACAAGUUGGAAAUGGUGGACCCCAAGGAAAGUUGGUCAACAAAGGUGGUCUCGAUGUCUACUAUAUCCCAAGCGGAAAGACAACAGCAUUCAAAAAGGUUCGUUUGUCCGACUGGGAUCCAAUGGUAAAGCUCUAACAUGUUCUAGGGCUUCCGUAUGCUUGCUGGUACUGCAACCAACACUGAUCCCAACUCUGUCUCCAAAGGAAAUAUCUGUCACAGAUGCUGGACGUCAACAAAUGAGAACACUUUCGUUGGUGGAGCUCCAUGCAGCGGAAGUGACACUGUAGACAUUCCUCAGGAUCCCAAGUGCAAGAUGAUCCGUCAGACCAUUAUCUUCCCAGCGUAAGUUCAUCAGCCAUGGUAAGAUAUAUCUUCGCACUCACAUUGGUAGAUGUUGGAAUGGAAAGGAUUUGGACAGCCCCGAUCACAAGAGUCACGUCGCCUACAGUGGAUCCGGAGCAUCAGGGGGCGGUGCAUGCCCAAGCACACAUCCAGUCAAGCUUCCUCAAAUCAUGUACGAGCUCAUGUGGAAUGUUUCUUCAUUUUCAGACCAGAGCAUCUGGCCUGCGGACAAGAAACCACUUGUGUAUAGCAUGAACUUAGGGUAAGUUUCCAAUUUUUCUAGAAGAGUUUAACGUGAAAACCUAACAGGUGAUAUUAGUGGUCCAGCAGCUCACGGUGAUUACCUGUUUGGAUGGCAAGGCGACUCUCUUCAAAAAGCAAUGGACAACAACUGCAACCUUAACACCGACUGUCCCAAGGCUGGCCUCCAUGCCCAAACACCGGCCGUUUAUAAUGCAUGCACUGUUCCGCAACAAUCACCAGAGACAGUUGAUGGAUGUAAGUGGCAUCUUAACUUGUGGGGUUUUAGUAAUGAAAGCAAUACUGACUUCGCCCCUCUAGGGAUUGCGGAACUUCCAAUGGGAUCUGCGGCAAGGGCAGCAUGA